GACAACACAGCCCUGAAGUGUCAACUAGACUCUCCCCUGCAAAAGCCUCUUUCCUUUCUCUUUUCUUCUACUGUAUAUACAUAAAAUGUUGUCGGGGUGAUUCCGGUUCACAUGGAUAUGCGGAAGCAACUAAUAUUUCUGUAUAGUGCAUGCCUAACAAGUGAUUUGGUGAUUUCGCUUAGAGAAAGACUACGCGUCUGCGCACGAGCGCAUUCAAACAUGCAUACCUAUAGACUGAACACGUGGUACGCAUGUGCACACCGUAACCGUUUUCACGGAUUCGCAUUUUUAAGUUUACACGGAGAUAACUUUCUCUCAAAAUUUGCGUUCUCAAGUCUACAAACACCGUUGUCAUGCAAAUGAAUGGCCAAAACACAUUAAAGGGUUUCUGUUUUCAGUUAUAAUGUCGUGUAAGCGGCCCCUAAAGUUAAUAAAUAAUGAUUUUUACAACAUAAAUGAAAAAAAAAAAUUAAAUAUCACUUUAGCUGGACAAUACCUUUUUAUAGAGUUGCUGUAGAGGCCAAAACAAUAUCUGUCCUUUGACUUUCCUAUUUUCACUGUAAAGCUGCUUUGAAACAAUUUGUAUUGUAAAAGCACUAUAUAAAUGAAGGUGACUUGACUUGACUACUGAACCACAGCCAAGCAAAGGAGCAGCUCAUUAUAAUAACCACAGCCUAUUAUGUUUGAUGUAAACAAGUGUUAGAAAUUGAAUGUGCAAUUUUACGAUUCUGGGGAAAGGGGAUGGCACUUCCUCGUACCCUAAUGAAUAUGUAUAUGAGUAUGUAUAAGAGCAGCAGGACUAGUUGAACUCCAAUGCCAUUGUAGAAGUUGCAGCAGAGGAAUUCUCCCGUGGUGUCCUGUCAGUUGAUCACUGUCUUCAGUUUUCAAACUUAAAACUAAGGCCAUGAAUUUUGGAGACCUCCUUUCAUACGCUCGCCCUGGGUACACACACUGGGCAGUGUACACUGGGAAGAAUGAAAAUGGAAAAGAUACGGUUGUCGAGUUUACAGGUGAAGUGGGAUCAAACAGUAAAGCAGGAGCCACUGUGAAGCAAGGUCUGCUCAAGCCUGGUUUCACAGUCGAAAAUCAAUGGCAUGGGCAAACAGCAAAACCUGACGCAGAGAUGAGAGCAAAUGUUGAGAAGGUUUUGCGUGAUGGCGCCGGAAAAUACGGAGUACUCGACAACAACUGUGAGCACCUAGCCACAUUUAUUCGCUACGGGGAAACCCAAUCACUACAGGCAAAUCGCGUUCUCAAUACGGCAUCAGACUCUAAAUACGAAGUUGCAGAUAACUUCGGUGUAUCUUCCUUAGCUUUUUCGCCCAAUAUGAAAUUUAAAUAAUUUCUUCAAUCUGCAUUCCCCCUCCACUGCACUCACAUGUUAUUUGAUUUGUUUUCAAUCAUAUUAAAGUUGAUUUGGCUGCACUGUGUCUUGAUUGUACAAAAAUAUCUUCAUUUUAACAAGAUUUAUGUAACUUUUAGGUUUUUUAUGUCACUUUGAGAGGAGUUUUAAAGCAGCCAGUGGGAUAAUUAAAAAUGUACUUCUUUUAAACGAUCAAAUCACUACUUCCCUACACGCCGGCUCAGUGCACAUCUCAUCAGGGAGACGUGAACCUCUCCCCAUGGACAUGCCGCUCCAGAUCCCACCGCAGAAGCAGAAUUAACAACUUACUUUCCCGUUGCCAAACCUAAAUCUACCAUUACACGUUGUUAUAUAUAGAUUUUAUUUUUUUUACAAAUCAAGGGAUAACAAUACAAAUGUCCAUGUUUUUUUUUUUGUUUGUUUUUUUACAGAGAAGGAAUGCAAUCCUUCACACAACAAUCUCAAUGCAAAAGUAAAUCAUUCAGAGCUUUUAUUGAAUGCACAGAAACUCUCUGACUCUUUCAUCCAGAUUCUCUGCUUUUAUUGUUAUUUUAUUUCUUAUGCAUAAAAUUUUUAUUCUCAUGUAUUUGUUUCCUUUUCACGUAGAGCACUUUGAACUACCAUUGUGUAUGAAAUGUGCUAAAUAAAUAGA